GCCUUUUUAGGAUUGAUCUUAGACGAGGAGUCUUACAGAUCUGAGUGCACCAUGUGCCAAAAGUCAUUCUACAUGUACUGCAUGUAUUGAUUAAUGCAUGACUUAAAGCUUGCUAGCAUGUAGGAUUCUCUUGCAAGGUGGAAGUUCUCUUUAUUGAAGAACAAUAGAUAUCAGAAAGGGCUAUCAGUGAGAGCUAACAGCAUUGGUGAGCCAAGCUGCAAGCAGGAGCCAGGCUUUUAUAUUGCUGCUGAUUUUUGGACCCAGCCCAUUUUUAGGGUAGGUGUAUAUGUGUUUGAUUUAGUCACAUAUUACUGAUGGUCACGCUCUCAGAACCUGGAUUACUGUUCAUAGGUUCAGGACAAACUACUGCCUAAGUGGGCAAAAAAAAUAAAAUAAAAUAAAAUAAAAUAAAGCGAGACGAGCAUUAGAAAGGUUUUCAGAUUUUUUAAAUUUAAUUUUUUUUUUUUUUGCCAACGCUGAUAUCGAGAUGGGGAAUACGCAGUCUCUUACAAUAACAGAUGAAAAGGCACACCACGAAGUAAAAAAGGAUGAAGCAAAUGGACACGCAAUGUCUGGUGUGGAUUUGACUGAUGCUGUAACUUGUGAGGCAUCAGUGCAGCAGAAAACUGAACCUCCUCCUGUGACUGUCAUGAUUAACAUCAAGCCAACACCAGCUUCGGUAGAAGUUAAUGGCACGCAAGCAAAAGCUCCAACUGUGUCUGUGGAAGCAGCUGAUAUCCAAGUCAGUGCUACAACUGUAUCAGCUGAGCAAAAAAUUCCAGCGGAGUCCAGUAUACCAGCUAAAGACACACCUAAACAAGCAGAGUCUCCCAGCAUGUUCAGUAAGAUGUUCAAGAAGAAGACUGGGUUCUCUGAAGUUAAUAGGGCAGAUGAAGUAGCGAUUGUCCCUGCAGUAGAGACCGAGAGUCAAAAGUCUAAGACAACACCAGUGUCAGUAGAAGUUAAUGGCAUCCAAGCAGCUGAUAUCCAAGUCAGUUCUACAACUGUAUCAGCUGAGCAAAAAAUUCCAGCAGAGUCCAGUACACCAGCUAAAGACACACCUAAACAAGCAGAGUCUCCCAGUGUGUUCAGUAAGAUGUUCAAGAAGAAGACUGGGCCUGUUUCUCCUGCCGCUGAGGCUAACGGGGCAGCUGAAGUAGCAAUUGUCCCUGCAGUGGAGACCGAGAGCCAGAAGUCUAAUCCAAUGCCAGCGUCCGUAGAAGUUAAUGGCACCCAAGCAAAAGCUCCAACUGUGUCUGUGGAAACAGCUGAUAUCCAAGUCAGCACUCCAACUGUAUCAGCUGAGCAAAAAAUUCCAGUAGAGUCCAGUACCCCAGCCAAAGACACACGUAAACAAGUGGAAACUCCUAAAAUGUUCAGAAAGAUGUUCAGGAAGAAGACUGGGCUGGUUUCUCCUGCCUCUGAGGCUAAUGGGGAAGCUGAAGUAGCGAUCGUCCCUGCAGGAGAGACUGAGAACCAGAAGUCUAAUCCAACGCCAGUGUCAGUAGAAGUUAAUGGCUCCCAAGCAAACGUGCCAAAUGUAUCUGUGGAAGCAGCUGAUAUCCAAGUCAGUGCUACAACUGUAUCAGCUGAGCAAAAAACUCCAGCAGAGUCCAGUACACCAGCCAAAAGCACACUUAAACAAGCAGAGUCUCCCAGUGUGUUCAGUAAAAUGUUCAAGAAGAAGACCGGGCCUGUUUCUCCUGCCUCUGAGGCUAACGGGGUAGCUGAAGUAGCAAUCGUCCCUGCCGUAGAGAUCGAGAGCCAGAAGUCUAAUCCAACGCCAGUGUCAGUAGAAGUUAAUGGCUCCCAAGCAAACGUGCCAACUGUAUCUGUGGAAGCAGCUGAUAUCCAAGUCAGUGCUACAACUGUAUCAGCUGAGCAAAAAACUCCAGCAGAGUCCAGUACACCAGCCAAAAGCACACUUAAACAAGCAGAGUCUCCCAGUGUGUUCAGUAAAAUGUUCAAGAAGAAGGCCGGGCCUGUUUCUCCUGCCUCUGAGGCUAACGGGGUAGCUGAAGUAGCAAUUGUCCCUGCCGUAGAGAUUGAGAGCCAGAAGUCUGAGCCUACAGACAUAAAGGCAAGUACACAGGCUGAGAAAGAGCCACAGGGUGAAGCUCCCAAACCCAGCACCACUGAGGUCACGCAAGACAACACCCAACCUGAGCAGACCAGCCCCGAGGAAAACUCAGUUAUGAACUUUUUCAAAACACUUGUGACUUCAACCAAAACAACAAAAGAAGCAACGGCUAGUCCUGAUGUCUCAAAAGAACAGUCACAGAAAGAAACUCCACCAACUCCAGCUGCAAAUGUACAGGAAGCAUCAAAGAUCCCCCCUCCACCACCACCAGCACCACCCAAGAUGGAGAGUAAAGCAGAGCCAGCUGUAAAGAAAGAGGAGGCCCCACUGGUAGAAACAGCAGCCGGCGCAACCAAAGCACCAGAAACCCCCAGCAAGGCCAAAACUAAAGACAGCCCAUUCAGCAAACUCUUCCGUACAAAAUCUGGGGUGAAGGAGGAAACAAAGCCAGUUGAGAUACAGGUAGAUGCAUCCAAAACCAGCACCCUUGAGGCCAGCGCCAAACCCGAACCUGCUCCAGCACUCAAGCCAGAAGAAAAGAAAGCAGAGAAGAAGCCUUCACCUUUUGCCAACUUGCUCAAACCAAAGGCUCCAGUGUCCAAGAAGGAAGCCGCUGCAGCCCCCACUGCACCUCCAGAGGCUGCCCCAAUCACCAAGGCCAAAGAAGAGCCCAAACCAGCUGCUGCUGCUGCUCCUGCUGCGGCCUCUCCGGACAACAAGUCGGUGGGGAGUACAGAUAAUUCUUCACCCAGCACCUCCCGCAAACUAGAGAAAAGGAACUCCAUCCAUCUCUUCUUUAAAAACUUGGGUCAAAAACGCCACUCUGACGCCGGAGUGCAAACGGAGCCCGUGGCGCCAGAGAAGGCCAAAUAAAAACCUUGCUUUGGUUUCAUCGUCUGCACAGAAAACACGCUUUGCUUAUACAUAGGUAUCCUUAUCUGAAUGUCCUGACCAGAGACCAGGGAUUAAUUCCUGUUUAAUCUCCACUCCUGAGAUGAACCGAGAACUAAAGUAUCAUAAAACUGGCCAUUCCAAUAAUUCAUUCCCAUUGCAAAGACUUCUUGGCUUGACAAAGUCACUUAGUCACAAAGUUGGUUGGUUCUUUAGAGGACAAUUUGCAAGAUACAUGUUGAAAUGCAAUAGGAAGGGUUAAAGCUUUGCAUAUUUUGCAAGGUUUAAAAAGAAAGUGUCAUGGAGGACAGCUGAAAAAGGGUAUUAUGCAACAUUACCAUGACAUGACAUGCUGUUCCUCUUAAACGGGAACAUUAAUGUAAAAGUCUUAACUCCUCGAUAUGGUCCUUAUCACAUGCAGCAUGUAUUACAACCACUGUCUUAUUUCCAGCUUUUUUUUUUUUUUUUAAUGUAUCAAACAUCUGAUUUUUGUACAUUUGUGCAUAAUCAUUCAGCCAGCUGUAAAAACAAUCUGCAAAGACUUACUCCAUUACGACGUCUCAUAAAAACUGACGAUUGUUGUUUGGUGGUAACAAUACUGUCCUUAAAAAUGUUAUCUCUUAAAAAUUCAGCCCUGUUGCCCCAUUGCUAGUAUUGUAUUUCAUGCUAAUGCAUAUUUUACUAACAUGUUAUCAUGCCACAUUAUUGCAUACUGUAUGCUUUUUUUUUUGUGGUACUACUGAAAAAUAUGCUAUCUGUAACCAAGCCUUUACUAACUCUAUGGGAUAUAUAUUGAAAUCAGCACAAUGUUCGUAUGGGAGGGGGAAAAAAUAAUCCAUCUGGUUUCUCUUACUGAAUUCUCACGAGCUGUUGUUGGAUCCAGUUUUAAUUGCUUUCUGUGAAAAAUGGUAUUGAGUAUGAGAAUUUCCGUCUGCUCUUACUGCACAAUGAAGGAGAACCUGUCCCAAUUUUACAUCCUCUUUACAUGUUUUAAUUUUAUUUCUGAAUUUGAGAGACACAGAUUUGCAUUAUUAUUAUUAUUAUUAUUAUUAUUAUUAUUAUUAUUAUGAUGCUUGUAAUCAACUAAUGUCCGAAAAUGAAUUCUUCUGUCUCUAUAAUUGUAAUUAUGCAGUCUUUGUUAAUAAAAUGUAAGGGUACAA